CUUCUGUCAUCGCGCGCUCCUCUCUCUCUCUCUCUCUACGUUUGAAGAAAGCCGGCAUUUGAUAAAGGGCAAGAUCUACUUCUUUGAGGUGUGAAAGUAGCACAAUCAUGACUGCUUCAAUUGCUUUCUCAACCAUCUUCUCAAUUCUAUCAUCCUCACAACCAAUUUCAACCUCUUGGAUGGGUUCGUUUGAUGUUUCAUUUGCUUUUACCAGUGGAGAGAAAGCUAAAUUUGCAGGUUAUGCUAAGGCUUUUCAAAUCAAAGGAUAUGUCAAAAAGGCCAAUACUGUUACUUUUAGCUUUAAGAGUGAGUUAGCAAAAAUUGAGGAGGAUGCACCUUCAGAAUCACAAAAGGAUGUUCUCAACUUUACCUAUUGGAGGUGGCUCCUUGCGACUCUAAUGAAUAUAAAAGUAACAAUAGGGAAACAAAGAAACGUACUGGAUUGGAAGCCUAGGAGAUCUGAACUGUUCGCUGCUUCAUUUAAUCAUGAACAGGUAAUUGAUAAAAUUUACGUGCAGAGAAACUUUGUCAAAUUAUAUGAGAUUGAUGCUACCGGAAAAGCUUCCCUUGAGACAAUAAUGAACCUUUUACAGGAAACAAGUGUUAACCAUUUCAAAAUUCUUGGGUUUUUGGAUGAUUCUGUUCGUUCAUACCCAAAGAUAGGUAGCGAAAAACUCGCAUUAAUCAUACUUAAAAUGCAUAUUCAGGUGGAACAUUAUCCUUCAUGGGGUGAUGCUCUUGAAGUAGAUACAUGGUUGAGAUGUCAUAAAAAAUUGAGUAUGGCUCGUGAUUGGCAUGUAUGCAAUCUCAAAACAGGUCAAAGUAUGAUUCGAGCUUCUAGGUUAGCCGUUCAUGAAUGUCAUAACUUUCUCCUUCAAGCCAAACCAAAUAUAUCACUUGUUAAACUAAUUAUGCUAAUUCUGUUUUCUUCAAUAUUUUUGCACUGA